AGGAGACGGGUUACAAGUAACCGAGGCAAACCCCCUGACACAUCCCCUAUUUCAUUUUAUUUUCUACUAAAUUCUCUAUUUCCACCCUUCCACCUCCAAACCGUCGUGAGCCCCUUGCUAGCAUGAUGCGAUUGCCUCUUUUUUCUUCUCUCCUUGAUGGAAGCGCUUGCUUUGGCGGGCUAGAGCAGUUCCUGUUUGGAAUGGUUGCUUGCUUCUUCUUUUUUUGUUAGUAUCAUAGCAGUACGAUAUAUAGUGGUUGGGGUCCCCCCAUCCAUGAUCUGACACAUUAUGUCCAUUGCCCAAGAUACGAUAUAGCAGUGCGACAGCGAAGCAAAGCCCAAGACCCAAAGUGAGUGAGAAACUUAAACAAUGGCUUCAGCACCAGCAGGACAAGGUCAAUCCGGCUACACCAGCGACAACACCACAAUGAAUCCGCACGCAAAACCCGACGCCAUGGAUGAAGCACCGAUAGAGGGCAGCAGCGGUAGCGGUGGAGUGCAAAGCUACCUAUUAACCCGGAUCUCAGCCCAGCACGCCGAUCUCCCGCUGCUCCUCUGCACAUUCGUCUCCGGCAUCAUAGACUCGAGCGUGUACAAUGCAUGGACCGUCUUCGCCGCGAUGCAAACCGGAAACACCAUCUUCCUCUCACUCGGCGCUUCCAACCAACCCGUUAGCAAACCCUACGGAUGGCUAAAGUCGCUGAUAGCGAUUAGCUUCUUCAUUCUCGGUGCGAUAUUAACGUAUCGCCUCUCCACGCUGAACAAUCCCCCUCCUACUACUACCGCUGCCGCCAAGGGCGUCAGGCGGGAGAAGUAUAGCGCGUUGAGCAGAGGCACGCUCUUCACAUCCUUCGUCCUGCAGGGAGCUGCUGUCUUCCUGGCCGCGGGGUUAGUCCAGGGCGGCGCGAUACCGGGGUCGAAACCGCAGGCGCAGAAGGUCGAUGGCAGGGUGGAUUUUUGGGAAUUGCUACCACUAGCCUUCCUGGCGAUGCAGUUUGGAGCACAGAUCGCUACUUCGAGGUUAUUGGGCAUAGGCGAAAUUCCCACUACCGUUUUGACCAGCGUGUAUACGGAUCUUGUCACAGACCCGUUGGUGCUCAGGGGUGGAAAUAUCAAGAGGAAUAGGAGGUUUGGGAGUAUUCUUUUCAUGCUACUUGGUGGUGAGUUGUUCCUAAUCGUAAGGUGUCGGAGGGUUGUUGAAGGCUAAUGGGGAACUCAGGAAUCUGCGGAGGUUGGAUAUCAAAGAGUCCUGCCGGACUUGCGGGGUCGUUGUUUGUUGGUGGGGCGAUUAAAGUUGGAGUCGCGGUGGGUUGGCUUUUGUUCCCUGGGGAGGCAGUGAAGGAGAAGGCCAAGGCGGAGGAGGUGUGAUCCGAUCCAUGAUGGUGGACUGGACACGUCGAUAAGUUCGAUGAGAUGAUAGACGAUUCCGGUAGACGGCACGGGUGAUGAGCACCCCCCCCUUUCACGUUCGCAGAGACCGUAGUCAGACACCGGCUUCCCCUGUAUCACGGGUCCACAAUAUACAAGUACCCCCCUCAGUAGAUAUUAGUCCCCAAUUUCCAACAAUAACCCGCAAUAUCAUGUCGCACCAAAUUUAAUAUUAAUCCAAACCUCAAAUUUCCCGCCGCCUCCUCCCCCCAAUCU